UUGGUCUAACUUAAGUGCGGUACCAAAGUAAAAUUUACUCAAUUUUCAAAGCCCUUUAAACAUAUUACAAAUAUUUUUAGUUAGAUAUUGAUCAGUUGAUGGUAUUGUGAAUUUAAACGAUUCAAUUCCAUUCAGAAUAGACCUUAAAUUUAGUGAAGUUUAUGGGAAAUAGUCUCCUACUAUUUACAUCGAAUUUUAAGUGAGGAAGAAGAAGAUUGGCAAGUGCCUGAAAUGGUCGGUUAUUACAGCGAACAAGCUUUACCAAUUUCGCCCGCACACCCGUCCACUGAAGAGGCCGUCUUAUUAGUGAAAAAAGUGGUUUGCAGUCCGGACCUCCCGGACUUUCCUGGCAAACAACAACCGCAACAGCAACAACAGCCGCAAGCGGUGCCGGAGCAGAGUAUCCAGUGCCCGAUCUGCCAGAAAAUGUACACGUCAAAGGCCGCGUACCAGUCGCACCAAAGGACCCACGCCAAGGAGGCAGAAGAUCCUUACAGGUGCAACAUUUGCUCGAAAACCUUUGCUGUGCCUGCUAGAUUAACCAGGCAUUAUAGAACACACACCGGAGAAAAACCAUUCAGAUGCGAAUUCUGUAACAAAAGCUUCAGUGUUAAGGAGAAUCUCAGCGUGCAUCGCCGAAUCCACACCAAAGAGAGACCUUAUAAAUGCGAUGUUUGUUCCCGUGCAUUCGAACACUCGGGAAAAUUGCACCGACACAUGCGUAUCCAUACUGGAGAGCGUCCCCACAAGUGUACAGUGUGUUCAAAAACCUUCAUCCAAUCGGGCCAGUUGGUUAUCCACAUGAGAACCCAUACAGGCGAGAAGCCGUACGUAUGCACUGUUUGCCAGAAGGGCUUCACCUGCAGUAAACAGCUCAAAGUGCACUCCAGAACCCAUACGGGUGAAAAACCAUAUUCCUGCGAAAUUUGUGGAAAAUCUUUUGGAUACAAUCACGUGUUAAAGCUUCACCAAGUGGCUCAUUAUGGCGAAAAAGUCUACAAAUGCACCAUUUGCAAUGAUACGUUUAAUUCGAAAAAGAGUAUGGAGGCUCAUAUUAAAUCUCAUUCCGAAAACGCUCCACCGCAAGCACCUACACCACCAUCGUCCACGCCCUCUAGCGAAUCUUCAUGUUCCAGUGCAAGCGAUAAAGAAAAUAGCCUGAAAGACUUGCCUAUGAUUCAGGAACCAACUCCAAUAAGCUACGAUUCCGACAUUUUGUACUAUCGUUACGUAAGAGACUCUCCGACUUAUACUCCUCAUAACUACUCUGCUGGCGUGGAGUUACUGGCGGCAGCUGCAACGGCCACGGAGAGAGCAGAUUUCAGAAACACCCCCGACGUGGUGUUCAAUCUCAUCAAAUCCCCCCAGGAAGUCGUGGCCGCCUAUUUCUCGAACAACACAGUGCAAUACAACACUCCGUUGAACGCUGGAGACGAUAUCAGAAGACGGGUGGAAGCCGCGCUGGCCGUAGAGGAAAACCACUCGGAGGAAGAUCACAUUAUGACUCCUCCUCACUCAAACCCCGUGUCUCCUGCGCCGUCAAUCUCGCCACCAGUGUCCCCCGAUCCGGAACUAAGUCUACCUCCCAGGAAACGCUCCAAGAUGAUCCUGAAGUCGAUGGAAGCGAGCAUAGAUUUGUCGCCGGUGCGAUACAAUUCUGUUAUACAUUACGCGCGCGCUUCUUAAUACUUUUUUAAGAACCAAAUUUAAACCGUACUAUUAGGCUUAUUGUAAUUUGUUGUUUUUUAUUUAUACACAUAGACAAGUUCUGUUGGUUUGCGAUCUAUCAACCCCACAGUAUGAUGGACGUUUUUUAUUUUUCUUUCUGUGAUAAGACUGUAUGAUUCAACGCAUUACCUCAGGCAGUGCCUAGGGCAUUGGCCCAAUGCAAUAUUAAGUCAACUGUUUACUUAUAGAAGACUUCUCAUUUUGUUAUUCAUAAUGUAUUUUAGUAUUUUCGUUUUAUUUUUCAGUGACAUUAGAGCACUAAAAAUUGAAAUGAAGUGUUGUAGGUCGUGAUUUAUUUAGUUUCUUUUUAAUUGUUAUAAUUUUUAUUUUGUAAAAGUGUACUGUAUUUCUAAGUCUGAACCAUUAGGCAAAAGUCGAUGGUAUUAAAUUAUUAUGUAUUCCUUAUUCAAUGUAGUGUGUGGAUAACUUAAAGUAAUGAAAUUUAAUUAAAUAU